AUGGAUAAUAUGAAGCACAACGGUACCCUGCGUCAGUGGAACGUCUCCAUUUUGCUUUUCUUUGUGGUUGCUGCGGUCAAUGGACAAAUCCGCUAUUCUAUACCAGAAGAAAUGAGGAAAGGACUCUUUGUCGGAGACAUUGCAAAAGACCUGGGCUUGGAUGUCAGACGGUUGGUAUCUGGUCGAGCUCGACUGGUAAUAGAAGAUGAUAAUCAAUAUGUCGUGCUGAACCAGAACAAAGGCCAUAUCGUUGUCAAUGAAAGAAUUGACAGAGAAAGAUUAUGCGCUAAGAAAUCUCCGUGCAGCUUUAGUCUGGAAAUUGUUCUUGAAGAGCCGCUCGAAUUGUUUUCCAUUACUAUCGAAAUACAAGAUAUAAAUGACCAUGCUCCCGUUUUCCCCAAAAAAGAAAUUAAUUUAGAAAUUAGCGAAUCGACGCCAACUGGGACUGUGUUUUUGCUUGAUAGUGCAGCUGAUCCUGACGUAGGGACAAACUCACUGCAGAGUUAUUCUUUAAAAGCAAACGAACAUUUUGUUCUCAAACAACAUACUCGAGCAGAUGGGAGUAAAUAUGCCGAAAUGGUGCUUCAGAGUGGUUUGGACCGCGAGAAGCAAAGCAAACAUGCGCUCAUAUUAACGGCUGUCGAUGGUGGGGAGCCGCAGAUGUCCGGAACGGUAAAAAUACACAUAUCUGUGCUGGAUGCAAAUGACAACUCGCCUGUUUUUACACAGUCCAUAUACAAAGCCUCUGUACUGGAAAAUGCUUUACGAGGCACAAUUAUUGCCACAGUCAGUGCAGUAGACGCUGACCAAGGUUACAAUGGUAACGUUACAUAUACAUUCACACACCUAGAAGAUGGUUCCGCUUGUCCUUUUGAAAUAAAUUCCAACACGGGUGAGAUUAAACUCGUCGGGGAUAUUGAUUAUGAGGCUUCUCCAAAUUACGAGAUAAACCUCCAAGCAAAAGAUCCAUGGGGUGUCACAGGAGCCAGCAAGUUAGUGAUCGAAAUUGUAGAUGAAAAUGAUAACAGUCCAGUAAUCACAAUGGCUUCAUAUUCGGGGAAGAUUUCAGAAGAUUCUCCUCCUGGCACAGUUGUGGCGUUAAUUAGUGUCCAAGAUAAAGAUUCUGGGAAAAACGGACAGGUGCAUUUAACUAUAGAUGAACAUCUGCCUUUCAAAAUUAAAUCUUCUCUCAGAAACUAUUAUACAUUAAUCACUGCGCAAACUCUCGACCGAGAAAAGCUUCCCACGUACAACAUUACUCUCACUGCCACUGAUGAGGGCUUCCCAGUGUUAUCGAACAAGAAAUCUGUCUAUUUAGAAGUUAGCGAUAUUAAUGACAACGCUCCAGCUUUUAGUCAAAGUCUUUACAGCGCUCAGGUAACGGAAAACAAUUCUCCGGGUGUCCCUCUGUUGCAGAUUCGUGCUACUGAUUUGGACCAGGGCCAGAAUGCACGUAUAUCAUAUUUUCUUUUUGAAGACGAGCUGAAUGGAAAUCCGGUAUCCGCAUAUUUCUCCAUUAAUACAGAGAGUGGAGUCAUUCAGUCUCUGCGUUCACUGGACUAUGAACAAGUCAAAGAGUAUAAAAUACGAGUUAAAGCACAAGAUGGUGGGUCACCCCCACAGAGUAGUAACACAUCAGUUAUUGUACAUGUACAGGACCAGAACGACAACCCCCCUCAGGUUCUGUAUCCGGUCCAGACUGGUGGCUCUCUGGUGGCUGAAAUGGUGCCUCGUUCAGCAGAUGUGGGCUAUCUGGUGACGAAAGUGGUGGCUGUUGAUGUGGACUCUGGACAGAAUGCCUGGCUCUCCUAUAAACUGCAGAAAGCCACAGACAGGGCGCUGUUUGAAGUGGGCUUACAGAAUGGAGAAAUCAGAACUAUCCGCCAAGUCACUGAUAAAGAUGCUGUCAAACAAAGACUGACUGUUAUAGUGGAGGACAACGGGCAGCCCUCUCGUUCAGCUACAGUCGUUGUUAACGUGGCGGUGGCGGACAGCUUCCCUGAAGUGCUGUCGGAGUUCACUGAGUUGACACACGACAAGGAGUACAAUGACAACUUGACUUUUUACUUAGUCUUGGCUCUGGCUGUAGUUUCCUUCCUCUUCAUCACGUGUUUAGUGGUUAUUAUAUCAGUCAAAAUCUACAGGUGGAGACAGUCUCGCAUCCUGUGUCACUCCAACCUGCCUGUCAUUCCAUAUUAUCCACCACGUUACUCAGACACUCUGGGGACAGGGACUCUUCCACAUGUGUACAAUUACGAGGUGUGCAGGACGACUGACUCCAGAAAGAGUGACUGUAAGUUCGGCAGAGCUGGUAGUCAGAACGUGCUGAUAAUGGACCCCAGUUCUACAGGAACGAUGCAGCGGAUACAGAGUGAAAAGAGCAUUCUGGAUGAACCAGACUCUCCGAUAGAGUUGAAUUAA